AUGGCCAGGCAAAUAAUUAUAGCGACUAUUAUUACUGCGAGGGAGGGUGACUUUUCGCUCGAACUUUGACCGGCGCUUAAUUUGUCAAGCGGCAGUCCUGCAGGCUAUAACUUUGUUAACGCAAGUAGUAUCAUAAGUUUGCUGUUGAUAAAGAAAGAUUGGAUUAGAAGGACGCGGAGUUGAAGAAAGUUAAGAUAUCAGAUUUUUCAUCGUGAGAGAUCGAAUGAUUUUGUCGAUCGAAUUAAGGGAGAAGAUAGCAGUACGUGGCUGUUUACUGUAUGGUGACCUUUCCAAGGUUCCCGAUUAUUGCGCCUCGCGACCACGAACAUCCUGCGACGUAAUAAUAAGGCUCCUCCUGUGGUUUCACGAAUAAACACGUUUCUCCUUCGCUGGCCACUCGCGACGGAUAUAACGGAUAGCAAUCAAACGCGAUAACGCGCCUGAUAAGUCGUCCGCCUGGGUAGGAGUCUCGAUACCGGAUGAUAUCUGGGGCUCAAUCAGUCGAGAUUGGCCCUUUUCGCAGUCGUUUCUCGAACGCGAACCGUACGUGGCGGAUACCACUUCGCCAAGAGAACCUUUCGACGACGCGAGGACCAGCGCGCUGCAGUGAUCUCGCGGGGGUGCAAAUCUCUCUUACGACGCAAUAUGGAACCCUCGGCGAUCGACGAGACCGAGGCGCAACAGGUAAACCGAGCCUGCCGGAAAAGUUGCGUUUUGAGAGAAGUAGGAUUUGCGAAAUCGAUAAAAUUAUGUUUUUUUUCUAUGUCAAUAAUAAUCAUCCAACGUCAUCUAAGACAUCUGCUGAUGAGCCCAGGGCCAGAUCCAAUUCGGUAAUUGACUCUAUCGGCUAUAGAAACUAUGCGUUCCUUGCAGCACCUGUACCUCGUAUCCGAAGCAAAUCUCUAUCCACUACAGAUUACUAUACAUCACCAGAAAAAUAUCAACUUACGGUUAAUAUAGCAGGAACAUCCCAAUCCGAUGAAAAAAAAUCAGACAAAAUCGAUGCUACAGGUAGCAUCACACCUGAAGAAAUCAAUACUUGGACUAAAAAAGAAGAACUUUUAAUACCUUCAAAACCCAUUGCAUUUAUGCCAGUACCAAAGGAUGCAGAUUGCUAUAACAUGAAUCACAAAAAUCGCGGCAAAUGCAUAAUCUUUAAUCAUGAGAAGUUCAACUUAUCCGAAAUGAAUCGAGAGGGUUCGUUAUUGGACGUGAUGAGACUGCGUAAAUCUUUCGGGAAUCUAGACUUUGACGUUGAAACUUACGACAACUUAACGCACGCCGAAAUUAUGAAAAAGAUAAACGAAGUGAGUCAAUUAUACGAUCAUACGGAUAAUGAUUGCCUCUGCGUGAUUGCGCUGACCCAUGGAAUUCAGCACGACAUGAUAUUUGCGAAAGACGUCGUUUACAGUUCCGACACACUUUGGAAACCUUUCACCGCCGAUAAAUGCUCGUCGCUUGCCGGCAAGCCUAAACUAUUCUUCAUCCAGGCAUGCAGAGGCGACCAAACCGAUGGCGGUAUUCAGCUCCAGUGUUCAUCUCGCUCUUUGCGGCCAAGACAAACGGAAACUGAUUCGGCAGUAUCCUAUGCUAUUCCGUCUCACGCAGAUUUUCUAAUAGCUCACAGUUCGAUGAAAGGUUUCUUUACCUGGAGGAAUCCUUCAGAAGGCACGUGGUAUAUACAGUGCUUAUGCGACAUCUUGGAUGAACAUGGAACGACAAUGGAUUUGAUGAACAUGUUGACUUUAACGUCGCGAAAAGUCGCCACGGAGUUCUCUUCUGUUAGCAAAGAUAAAUAUUUAGAUAAUCAGAAACAAGUACCAUCAGUGACAACAAUGCUGAUCCGAUCCGUUUACUUUCCACCAAAAAAAAGGACAAAAGGAAAGAAAUAAGUGAUUCGCAGGACAAAUUUCAAAUUGAAGAAAUACUUAAGUGAUUUCUCAGACCAAAUUUCACAAGAAAUUUUCUAGAAGGUUGGGAAAAUCUGAGAAUAGGGAAUCUGAUGCUGAUCUGAUCCGUUUUCUUUCCAACAAAAGGAAAGAAAUGAGUGAUUCGCACUACUCGCAGGGCAAAUUUUGCGAAAAAUUUUCUGAAAAGAUAAGGAAUUCUGCGAAAAAUGUAGCAUUUUUUAAAGUAAUUACAAAAAAUUGCUUAAUAAAUAAUUAAGUAAAAUAUUAAUUAUUCUGCUAUAUAAUUCCAGAAUAAAGAAAAUCUGCAGAUACCAUGAGUGAGAAAAUUAGAAAAAUGAAAAUGAUCAUCUUUUGACCAAAAAUAUUGAACGUUUCUUUUCUCGCGUCGAAGAUAGUAUCUUUAUUUCAAAUCAAUCAUAUUCCAUUUGUAAGUGCGUUUAAUAAUAUGAUAAUAUGAUAAAUAAUUAAUGUAAUGUUUUACAUUAUAAUGUCUAGUUCUAUAAGCUCUAUUUUAUACUAUUUCAUAGUGUAGAUUUUAUUUCAUUUUAUAUACGAACGUUACAAUGCUCGCAUCGUGAUAUAAUUAAAUCCUACUUUGUUUUCUAGAAAAAUUUAUUUACAU